AGGAAAAAAGACAGAAAGAAAGAAAGAAAGAAAAAAAAGGGAAAUAAAAGAAAUUUGACAAAUAUCUCUCCGUGUCGUAAAAAAAAAAAUAAAUAAAUAAAAUAAAACUCGCUGGCCUAUCCGAUAUUACUACGCCGCCUUGUUUGCUUCCUGAGGAGAAUAAAAAACUAACAAAAAGAAAAAAAAUAGAAAAAAGAAAAGCAAAGAAGAAAAAAGAUCGAAUUACGAUGUUCAUAGUACGAGAUCUACCGAUCGAUCCUUUCUCCUCGAUUAUAUCGCUUUGAGACUUCGCCUGGGAUAAGAGACAUAAUUUUUUCAAAUUAAUUCGACGGCAAAAUUCGAACAAUCGAAUUUUUAACGACGAGAGUCACCGUGGCUCCGUCGAUCGCAGAUAGUAAAGUUCGUCCGAAUCGACGUAAGCGGGGUCUUCGUGACCCUGAAAAAAUACCAAUCAUUGAUUCCGACGAGUCAACAGUUAUCAUGGGUGCCCAGGAAGAGGACACCAAAUCUAGUAAAUCGAGUGCCAUCGGUGGUGUCAUACCGAUGGCAAAGGUUGCUACAUUGGUGGAAAAAGCGAAAUUUUACACGUCUCUCUGCUUGGGCACCACCGCCAUUCUCGCGGUCUUUGCUUUUCUAUUCUUGAUACCGUUCGUCGUCGAGCCAGCAAUCUCGACGAUUCUUGCGGAUUUUUCACCGCACGCAGUCGCCUGUAUCACCACGGAACACGUUUAUGCGGAAGGCUUGAAGAAUUGUUCAUGGGCGAGUUGUAGAGAAGGUUGCACGAGUGCGGCGUUACGAUGCCAUCAGAUCAAAGUAAAUUACACGAGGUUACCUUACGAAGAAUUUAUGAAAAAACCUAUUGGUUCUAUACCAUGGGACGUGGGCGAUACGAAAUUUUUUGUUAACACGGAAGGUUGCGGCUAUCCACCGAGAGUUAAUUGUUCCGAUUUUGCAAAGAAAUAUGGUUAUCGUAACAUAGGAAAAAUAUUUCCAUGCUAUUACAGUAGAACACAUCCAGAAACGGUAGUAGCAAGGUAUUCUUGGGACGAAAAUUUGAAACAUCUCGUGCUGGCGUUGGUCGUACCAAUAGUCUUAUUUGCUGUCUCUCUUGGUGUACUGUGCUAUUGGUAUUGCCCACCCGUUAGAAAGACCUGUGGUGGACCUAGUCGAAACCUCAUUGACAAAUACGACAGAAAGGAAGAGUAAGUAACGUCAUCCUCGGAGAGGAUGAGUUUGAAGAGGACGAAGAGGAGUACUGACUGCUACCACGGGCUCACCCCCCGGCACGGGAGUGACGCCAGACAUAUUAUCAAAACGACUCCAGCGUACUUUACGUUUGAAAAUUUAAGCGAAAUAUUUCAGAUACGCGUCGAUCAAAACGUUCGAUAACCAAAAAAUGAUUUCGAAGAAAAAGAAAAAGAAAAAGGAAAAGAAAAGAAAAAAAAAAGCGAUCAGAGAGACAUCGUCGCAUUCGCUCGUUGCUUCCCAUUCAUCGCCAAUUUCGAUAUAUUUGACUUUCUCGUCUCUUUCGAUUACUAUUCCGCUUUAUUACGAUUAAUAUAGUAAGCAUGUAUGAAAGUUUAGCGAUAAUACGAAUCUUUUCUCUUUCUCUUCCUCUCUUUCUCUCUCUCUCUCUCUCUCUCUCUUUUUCUUUUUAAUUCUGAUUCUAAACGAAGCUUCGAAUAAAACAGUUGCUACGUAACGAUAUCAAAUGAAAGUUUAAACGUUUUUCUAAAAGAGAAAAAAAAAAGGAAAAAGAAAAAAAGACGAUUUUAUUCCUUCUAGGCCUCUAGAACCAUUAAUCCUCUUUGCACAUAGACAAACGAUAGUACGAUAAUACUUUGCACCAUUUCUUUAAAUUUCCGCGAUAUACUCUUCGCGAUAUUUGGAUAAACGAAAAAUAUAUAAGAAAAGAGAGAAGGAAGAAGUACGAGCAGAGCUUCUCGUGUCGCAAUUUUACGAAGGCAAUAAUUCGACUCCAAUCUUUAAAAACGGAGACGUUAACGGAGUAUGAAUCUUAAAUUUUACGAGGUAAAGUAAGUCGAGAGUCGAGUUUGAGGAACGCCUAGAUCGUCUACCAGUAUUCUAAAACACGAUUCGAAAGUGUUCGUCGUGAUCAAGCCGCGCCUUCCCACGUAUACACACGUGAUGUGUUUAUCAUAAAGAGUAAUAAAGAGAAUAAAAAUAAAUAAUUAAAUAAAUAAAUAAACAAACAAACAAAUAAGAUGAUAUCGAAGAGAAUGAUCUAAAAGAGUGAACAUUCCGAAGAAAGGAAAAAAAAAAAAUGUAAAAAUGAGAAGAGGCGAAGUUAUCAAAGCGGUACGCUUUCAAGCAGCAUACGUUUUUACUAGAAUAAGCAGUUUGUGAUAAAAAAAGAAAAAACAAAAAGACGGCAAAAGCAACCAAAAAAAGAAAAUGGAAAGAAAAGUAAGAAAAAUAAUACGGAGUAAAAGAAUCAGAAGAGAGCAAAUCGUAUGUUAAGUGACGUUUAAGCUGCCCCUCUCGAUGUUAAGUCGUUUCUAAAGGCAAAGGGACAGGGAAAUCGAUGCCGCAAGUGCCAGAGCUUUCUUCUACUCGAUUCUCUCGGAAAGCUUUCUUUCAUGCGAGAUCGUAUUUCCCAGGAAUAGCUUCGAUAACGUUUGAUUCGUCGUAUGUAAUUGUGAUUUUUCACAGAAAAAAUGUAUGUGUGUAUGUGUGUUAUAUUCGUCUCGUGUCGUCGUUCGACGAUAGUUCAAAUUAUUGAAAUUAAAUAAAUUACGGAAAGGGAUAUAAAAUGUUAUGGAGAAAUAUUUAAAGAGAUUAUCGAUAAAAGCAAAUUUUAAGAGAUUCGAUAUAUAUAUAUAUAUAUGUAUACACGUAUAUAUACACAGAUAUAUAUAUAUAUAUAUGUGCGUGUGUAUGUAUAUAUAUGUAUAAAUAUAUGAUUGUUGAAAUUUAGAUUAUCGUCGAUCGUAUUCCGAUUAUAAAUAAAAAUAAGAAGAAUUUAAAAAAAUGUAAAAAAGAAGGAAGAAAGAUCGCAGGCGAACGACGACACGUUCGAUUCUAGGACUUCUUAUCGCACCAAAAAAUUUUAGACUAAGUCUAACUCGUUAAGCGAAGUCUGUGAAUAUUAUCUUAUUAAUUAGUUGUUAAACAAUCGAUCGUAAGUAUUGUUACAAAUUUUAUACGCGGGCGCGCACGCUCACGCAGUGCUAGUCGUUAAGAAAUGAAUAGGAAAAUAAAUGCAUUUAAGCGCACGUGUGCAUGUGUACGUGUGUACGUGUGUGCGUGUGUAUGUGUUUCUGUUUGUAUGCGUAAACGAAUAUGAAUUAUUAAGUUAAAUGUUUUUGGUGGUCGAGCGAUUUGCAUUUCUGUAAGCUACGAAACAAGCUUAAUGCGAGUUUUUACAUUGUUCUAGCAAUAAUUUUCGCGAUUAAUGAACAAUUAAAUUGUUCGUCUCUAUGGUGAGGAAGAAAAGAAAAAAGAAAAAGAAUUUCGUAAAUCUUAGUCAUUAUUAACGAUAUAGUAUAGAUUAUAUAUUUUUGGAAAACUUAUCAAUGAUUCGUGCAUGAUUCGUCGAUUUAUUUCAAUAAUCCCACAGAAUGUUUCGAAGUUUAUGGAAAGUAUUUCGCAUACCUCGUAUUUUACAAUGGUUGUAAAUUCUUUAUUAUGCCUAACUCGAGGUAGGUGUCAACGUAAUAGAAAGAAGAAUUAGAUUCUUUCUCUCUCUCUUUCUCUCUCUCUGCAUCUGAUUUUUUUUGACUAAUACCAAAGAGUUAUGGCACUCAUUCCCCUCUCGAAGCUUGCUAAUAAUCGAUUUCUAUUCAUUGCAUAUUAUAAACGUAGAAAAGUGUUUGAUAAAUGAUAGAAGGAAAUAAUUGUUUUAUUUUAUGGGUCUCCUUCGUUAAUUUUCUUAUUUGUUUUUUCUUUUCUACGAUUAACUUAAUAUACCUAACGAAUAUCAUCGAAGAUGAAGCAUUUUAACGGCGAAGUAUGAAGAUUUAAAAAAGCUCUUUCGAAAAGAUCCGUUCUUAAAUCAUAUCGAUGUGUUGCUUAAGAAUUUUUAAGGAUGUUUGUCGUAUUUUAGUGCCAAUUCUUCGAUUCAUCAGAUCGAUAGGUCCAUACGUACGUACCUUGUUAGGCCGUAGGUGUUUAUGAUUAAAGAACGGCGAGUGAUAACAAAAUUAACAAA